UGCCAAAAGUGAUAAAAAACUGUGAUAAUACAUAAAUGUGAACUUGAAACUUUAAUUACUAGUGAAAUGAUCUCAAACUAAAAUGGAGCGUAAACUAACACGCGAGGACUUUAUGCGGAAGAGUUUUCGAGCUCCACGGACGUCGCCGGCGCCCGAAAACCACGAGCCGGCCGUCAACGGUGCCCCGCCGCCUUCGCCGGUGUCUCUGUCCAUGCUGGAGCGAGCCGCCCAACCGCCACGGACGCAGUAUGAGAUAACCUCUUCAGGCAUCGCUCCUAAACGCCUAGAGUUCAACAGAGCUCAUCCCAUACACCUCAAAUCGUUCCAAGCGCCUGAACCUCCCGACGACACCAACACUCCACCUUCCGAUGAUGUGCUACGCACUUUGGAACGACAGAUCGGUGAAAUGGAGCGAGGCUUAGAAAGAGCUCAGAAUGGAACAGUAGCCGUCGACGAGAGAGUACGCUACGCCGAACACGAAAACCUCCUCAGAACUGGUGUUUCCUCGGUCGGCGGAGGAGGUUAUCUCGCUGCUGAUUCCGACACAGAACACGACGUCGUACCUUUUAAUAGAAAUGAAACUACCCGAAGCAGUACUGGAGCUACGGCUCCCACGGUCCGACCAGCUCCCAGACUGGCUAGAACUCAUUCCGACACACAGCAGCACCAAGUCGCUGCUACUGCCCGUCUCAUGCGAAAACUCGCUGACGGCGGCGCGAAGGAGGAAAAAACUAGAGUCAUCUCCCGAAAAGCUAUCCAAGCGCGCAUGGAAAAGGUCAAGAACUCCGUGGUUGGCACCAAGCAUGAGCAUAGAGUCCUGGCCGAGCACAGAGCCGAACCUCCGUCUCCAAGGACCCCGACCUCACCCGUGUCGCCACGCUCAUCCAUACAGAGCGCAUCGGAGUCGUCCGCGGGCGCGGGCGGGGGCUCGGCGACCGGCAGCGUACGCGUCUCCUCGCGGUCCAGAGCCUCCGAGGAACCACACAUUGGAAAGUACAAGCUGCUCAAGACGAUCGGCAAAGGCAACUUCGCGAAAGUGAAACUCGCGAAACAUGUGCCCACCGGCAAAGAGGUGGCCAUCAAGAUCAUCGACAAAACCCAGCUCAACCCUGGCUCGCUGCAGAAACUCUUCAGAGAGGUGCGGAUAAUGAAAAUGCUGGACCACCCGAACAUCGUGAAGCUGUUCCAAGUGAUCGAGACGGAGAAGACUCUCUACCUGGUCAUGGAGUACGCUUCGGGGGGAGAGGUGUUCGACUACCUGGUGUUGCACGGGCGCAUGAAGGAGAAGGAGGCGCGCGCCAAGUUCCGGCAGAUCGUGUCCGCCGUGCAGUACUGCCACCAGAAGCGCAUCAUACACAGGGAUCUCAAGGCGGAAAACCUCCUGCUAGACGGCGAGAUGAACAUAAAGAUAGCAGAUUUCGGGUUCUCCAACGAGUUCACGCCGGGCGCCAAGCUCGACACGUUCUGCGGCAGCCCGCCCUACGCCGCGCCAGAACUCUUCCAAGGCAAGAAAUACGACGGCCCAGAAGUGGACGUGUGGUCGCUGGGUGUGAUCCUUUACACGCUAGUGUCGGGCUCGUUGCCUUUCGAUGGAUCCACUCUCAGGGAACUGAGGGAAAGAGUGCUGCGUGGGAAGUACAGAAUACCGUUCUACAUGUCAACGGACUGCGAAAACCUGCUAAAGAAGUUCCUCGUCCUGAACCCGGGCAAGCGGGCCUCGCUCGAGAGCAUCAUGCGCGACAAGUGGAUGAACACCGGCUACGAGGACGACGAGCUGCGGCCCUACGUCGAGCCGCAGCAGGACUACAAGGACCAUAAACGGAUAGAGGCUCUGGUGUGCCUGGGGUACAAUCGGCAGGAGAUCGAGUACUCUCUGGCGGAAGCGAAGUAUGACGACGUGUUCGCCACAUAUCUGCUGCUCGGCAGGAAAAGUACUGACCCGGAGUCUGACGGCAGCCGCUCGGGCUCGUCGCUGUCGCUGCGGAACGCCGCGCCCGCCAACCAGGCGCAGGCCGCCGCCGCCAACCAGCACUCAGGCGGGGGGUCGCCCGGGCACCGCGGCGUGCAGCGCUCCAUCAGCGCCACGGCGCGCCCCUCCAACUCGCGCCGCGCCAGCUCCGGCGCCGAGGUGCUGCGCGCGCAAGUCGGCACGACUACUAGCGCGGCCAACAACACGACGUCCACGUCAACGACCACCACAUCCAAUUUCAAAAGACAGAACACAAUCGAUUCGGCCUCCAUCAAAGAGAACACAGUACGGAUCGCCCAAAUGCAGGUGCAGAGCGGCGCGCGGCCGGCGUCCGCGCAGCCCAAGCCGGAGCCGCGCUCGCGCACCAUGACGGCGGGCGCCGCGCGCCGCUCCACGCACGACCAGCCGCCCAAGCUCAGCCCGCCGCCGCCUGCGCCCAGCCUGAACUCGCAGCUGAGCACGACGGCGAGCACGGGCGCGGCGGCGACGCGGCGCGACUUCCCCAACCAGCUCGUGUUCCCGCGGAACGUGCCCUCCCGGUCCACCUUCCACUCAGGCCAGACGCGGUCGCGCGGCGCGGCGGCGGGCGGCGCGUACGGCGACGGCGGCUCCCCGCACCAGGCGCGCCCCUCCUUCUUCUCCAAGCUCUCCUCCAGGUUCUCCAAGCGCCUCUCCGUGUUGGGGGAGUCGACCACUCGCCAGAAACCGCGCAUAUUUUCUUCGCUGGACAUUCAGCGGAGGCCGUUGGAUGCAACCACCCCGAAGCAUGCCGUAGGCGCUAGUCCACAAACCUUGCUUGGACAAGGCAACGACGAGCAGGUGAAGCCGCGGGUUCUGCGGUUCACGUGGAGUAUGAAGACUACGUCCUCACGGGACCCUAAUGAGAUUAUGGCGGAGAUUCGCAAGGUUCUAGACGCGAACAACUGCGAUUACGAGCAGCGUGAGCGUUUUCUGCUCCUCUGCGUACAUGGCGACCCUAACGCGGACUCGUUAGUACAGUGGGAGAUCGAAGUGUGCAAGCUGCCUCGCCUCUCGCUCAACGGCGUGCGCUUCAAGCGGAUAUCCGGCACCAGCAUCGGCUUCAAGAACAUUGCGUCGAAGAUCGCGAACGAGCUCAAACUGUGACUGCCCGGGAGCGCCCCGCGCCGCCGCCGCCGCCGCCGCGCCUCGCCCCCCUCCCCGCGCCGCGAGCGCUCCUCCUCCUCCGAGCGCGCGCCGCCGCCGCCGCCGCCGCCGCGCUCCGACUCGCUGCGCCUCUCGGCCGAGGACAUGGUGCUCGUGGCCAACGGGGGCAUGAGGACCCCCUCGGGGGCGUUAGCGCAUUUCCUCGCCGCCUACACGCCGGCGGAGCUCUCGUUAGCGCGCAGCGAUUAUCUGAGACCCCCGCUGUCUCCGAACCCUUCCCAGAGUAUCCAACCGAGGUCCUCGCUGUCUCUGAGAGCGGAUAGUGCGGAUUUGGAUGCGGGUCGAGCGACGCUGCGGCCGCGGAUGCCGCAUCAGUCGUAUUCUUACAGCGUCCACACGCUGCGCCGGCAGCCGCGGGCGGUCUCCCCUCCCUCCCCCCCUUCGCCCCCCUGCGACUGUCUCCCGACCCAUCCCAUCCCCCCGCCGGAGCUUUUCGAUUUUUAGGGGGGGCUCGAGGGAAGUACAAUUUUCCGUAGGAUUUCUCGCAAAGCGUGCCGUUUGGAUAGAUAAAUAAUAAAUAAAUUGCGAUGACGUUGAGUUUUAUUUGUGGACGGUGGGUCGGUUUGUGCCAAGCGAUCGAGCGUUCCGUAUAGUGAGCGCUCGGGCCGCGACGCCCUUGUAUAAUAUUAUUAAUGUACGUGUCAUGGACUUUUACUUAUUUUUUAUUUGUUUUUUUUUAUCUAGCGGCGGUCCGGCCGGCGUUGUUGUAUAAUGUAUACUGAUUUGUAUUUCUUACUUUUUUUUAAUUUAUCGAGGGCAUGUUUUUUAGUCGUUUGUAUGAAAUUUGUUUUUAAAAAGACAUAAUUUAUGGGUCGUAUUUUGGGUGCCGGACGGGCCGCCGGUGCUUUCAUUAUAUUGAUUAUGUUACGUGUAUAAUUGUAUAAUGUACAAAGUGAGUGUCAGCUCAACAGGUAAACUUAGCUUAGCGUUAAUUAUAUUUUUUCCAAUAAUGACAAAUAUAAAUAUACAAAAAGUGGCUGUCGAGCGAUGUAUCGGUGUCGGUGACUAAAUGUACCAGAUUCGAAUUGAUACUUGAUCGCUUGUGUCCGAGGGAGCGAGAGGUUAACAAAGGUCGGUCGCGUUAUCUCUUUCUAAUUAUAAGGCUGAAUUAGAAAGUGUCAAACUAAUCUAUUGUAAGUGCUACCAACUCUUGAUUCUAUUCUAAAUGUGUAUUUCAAGACUUGUAAAGCACUUGUGCCCCGUUUCUCAAAAGCUUGUAACUUGUAAUACAAGUGGAAGUCCCUUUCUAACAAAAUCUGUCAAAAAGGGACUUCCACAUCAAAAGCUUGUAUCUUAUAAUACAAGUGGAAGACCAGUGCCCUGUUUAUCAAAAGCUUGUAACUUGUAAUACAAGUGAAAGUCCUUUUCUAACAAAAUCUGUCAAAAAGGGACUUCCACAUCAAAAGCUUGUAACUUGUAAUCUUCUUCUUCUUCUUCUUCGUGGUCGUGACCUCAUGUCUGAGGGACGUGACUCCUAUGGGUUAUUCUUCCUACCACUGCUCUCCAGGCCUCUCGAUCUUCGGCCAUCUGCAUUGUUGCCUGGAGCGAAGUCUGGGUAAUAUUUUGUACCACAUCUGACCAUCUACUGGGUGCACGCCCUCUACUCCUUCGUCCGUCGACACUCCCGGUAAUAAUGCACCUUUCUAGCGUGUCCAUGCCGCGUCUGACUGUGUGGCCGAAGAAUUUGAGGACUCUUUGGGUACAGAUGGUGGAUAGCCUUGUGGUGAUAUUGAGCUCCUUUAAGAUAGACUCGUUUGUGCGGCGUUCAGUCCAAGAUAUAUUCAGCAUUCUGCGCCAGCACCACAUCUCGAACGCGUCUAUCCUUCUAAGUGCCCGGGCUUUCAGUGUCCAAGUCUCGGAAGCAUACAGGAAGAUUGAGAAGAUUAGGGUAUGCAUGAGCUUUAUCUUUGUUUUGCGGUUAAUUCCUCGGUUCCUCCAGAUCUUCUCAAGUCGCUUCACUGCUGCUUUUGCCAUCUGACCUCGCCUGACUAUCUCCUGAUCACAGUCCCCGUCAUCGCUAAUUUGUGAUCCUAAGUAAACAAACUUGCGUACUGAAUCAAGGUCACGUAGCUCGUUGGUUCUCUGUGGAUGGCCGCUCCGGUUGACAAACAUCAGUUUGGUUUUACUUCGAUUGAUCAGAAGACCAUAUUCUGCGCUGAUGCGAUCAAUCCGGUCCAGUAUAUCGGCGAGUUCAGCUUCCGUCGAGGCUAUGAUUGUGGUGUCAUCAGCAAACCGCAGAUUAUUCAGGAGGUAGCCGCCAAUGCGUAUCCCGCCUUGCUGGUUCUCUAAAACUUGUAAUACAAGUUACAAAAUCCUUUUUGACAGCUUUUGUUAGAAAGGGAGUUCCAUUUGUAUUACAAGUUACAAGCUUUUGAUAAACAGGGCACAUUUGUAACAAAAGCUGUCAAAAAGUGACAUCCGCUUGUAUUACAAGUUACAAGCUUUUAAGAAAAGGGCCCCUGAUAGUAGGUCAAAUGAAUUUCAUAAACACUCGAUGUCUAUUUGUACCUGCUUUCUUGGUUGUAAUAUUGGUAGAACACAUAAUGCUUAUGCCAAUAAUAUUGACUAGUAGGCUACAUGUGAAAGCACCAUGCUAUUGACAACUCUAAUUUGAUAAAUCCCCCUCGGACCGACAAGGACGCAGCUAUACGUCAGAUGGAGACACCUUUAUAUGAUCAUCUCUUUCUAACGUAUGACCGCGUCUCAAGUUUUGAGUAGCAGGUUAUUACACGCUCUUUACGCAUCUAUAGGUUAUCACACUGAAAUUGUUAGAUGUGUAUUAUUCGUCAUUGUGAUCAAAGUAUUAAGGACUUUGUAGUUAUAGCAAUAAUGUUUUUUGUAAUUACCAGUUUUUUUUUUGUGAUUUGGUGUGAAGCUUUCAUUUUUACUAUGUACUUGUGUGUGACGUAUCGCAUACUUACUAGUUAAUAAUUAAGGUAGGUAUGGAUGUAUAGAGCGUGGCGAUCGCGUAUUUUCUAUUAUUAUCUAAUUAAGUGUAGUAUUAUACUUUUACAAGAAAUCACAAAUUUUGACGUUUCAAUGUUGAACUGUCAAUCUGCAUCUUGAAAUUCACUGAAAUAUAAGGACCGACAACGCUCGCUUUAAACUCUGUAUAAAUAAGCAAUUGUAACUUUAUUUCAUAUAUUUUAAGGUGCAUAUUCGUCUGAGGAACAACCUUAAUAUUCAUUCGAAAAUUCGGCUGUGAGAAAGGUACCCCUCGUCAAUAAUUCGAAUAUAGCCUUUUUGUUUGACCAGUCUGAUCCAUAGCUUAAGGGCCACUCCACACUAGCGUCUUUUGAUCGUCGGUGUCUAUACUCUGUAUCUUUAUGUACUUAAAUAAAAGUAAACAAAUAAUUUGUACAUUUUCGGGUUGUUAUGACAUUUAUAGAUUAACCAGUCAAAUACAAAACCUGGAUCUGUCACUGAACAACCUGACUUUAACCUACAUUGUUUGAUCAUGUAAUGUUUUCAUCUACCCUCAACUGGCUUAAGAAUCCAUUUGAGGGUAGAUUUUGUUUACUCUUUUUUAAAUACCUAAAUAUACAGACUUGUCAGCGCUAUGGAAAAUGGCGUCGCUGCGCAGUGCGUCGAGUAGCAGCCAUAGAGUUGCCUAUACGCCGACGCUCGGGAUACGCUAAAGCGUCUCUAAAUCUUUUCCUAUUUCAAUGUGUAAGAGCCAGUGAUCAAAUGCUCAGUAUGUUUUGAGAAAAUGGCGAAUAUAAGAGGAAACAUGACCUCAUUAUGUGUUAAAAGUUAAAAGCGAUUCGAUGUUAAGCGCCUUUCUCUUCUUGUUUGCGUGAUAUCAUAACAGCAAAGUUCCAUUAGACUAAGAUAGCCUUCAAGGUAAUACCUGUGCCCUGUUCAUCAAAAGCUUGUAACUUGUAAUACAAGUGGAAGUCCCUUUUUGACAGCUUUUGUUAGAAAGGGACUUCAACUUGUAUUACAAGUUACAAGCUUUUGAUAAACAGGGCAGCCUAAUACUCUUCAAAGCCUGGUAUGAAUUGAUCGAAUAAUUGAAUGAAAAAUUUGUCAAAAUGAAACAUUCACUCAAAUGUCACAUUAUUUUAAUUCAUUACAUUACCAGUUUUUGAGAUUUUACCUAUACUUACUGAAAAGUAAAUUAAGAAAUUUUACACACGUAUGGUCGUGCAAAUAUCUUUACACGCUAAUGUUCCAAAAAUAUAUUUACACGACGUUAUUGUCAGUGUCUUGAAGGCGUGUAAAUAUAUUUUUGUAAUGUUGCCUUGUAAAGAUAUUUGUGAACUCGACUGUACCAUCGUUUUUGACCUUUGAGGUCAGUUAAAGUUGACGAAAUAUAAAGUGAGCCGAUCUUGUUCAGAAUUGUUCGAGAGAUCGGCUCGCUUUAUAUUUCGUCAACCAUACCUGCACAGAUAUCAUGGUCGCAUUUUUAUCAUUUGUCAUGUCAUGCGUCACUUUCGCAUUUUCAUACUUGUUCGAACGUGACAGGCAUGGUGACAUGAUAAAAAGGCGACCAAAUUAGCCUUGCAGUUUUUGUUAGUACGGUAGCUACUUUGUGAUUAUGUUGUCACGCGAACCGGAGAGUCGCUUCGAUAGCACGAUAAGAACUGGGUACAUAAUAUACAUACAGUAGUUAUAUAUUUAUAUAUAUGAGCUUUGUUUUACGGUAUAACUUAGAGUAGUGUCGACCAUUGGCCGAGUUGACGAGUGGUGCGGCGUUUUGUGAGAUAUUCAAGUGGAAAUAAAUUUUAUUUUUAAUUCCA